GGGAACACAAAAAAAAAAACCGCGAAAGGGGAAAGCCAAAGUGGGUUCGGGUGAAGUCGGAGACGAGCUGCGUGUUGCUUGCGGGCCGCCCCGAGCUUUGUGUGUGUGUGUGUGUGUGUGUGUGCGUGCCUGUGCGUGCGUGCGUGCGUGCGUGCGCGUGUGUGCUGGGAGUGACCUGCACCCGCCAACGGGGAACCGGAAAGGUGGACUCGAUCCCAUACAUUGAGACCUUUCACAUUGGGUCAACAUGACUGAAAUAUUGGCUCACGCAAAACAUAUAUAUCUUGAAAAAAUGUCAGUCAAACGACAAUAAAAUAUAAAUGUAAGGGCGGAAUAUAAUUUGGAGUCAUUAUUUUUGAAUAAUCCGAGUUAAUUCGAAACGUUGGCUAUUUUUCAAAGUGCAAACAACAACAACAACAACAACAACGUAACAGUUCAAUAGUAUUAUUAUUAUUUUUAGUAUGUUAGUGUCGACCUCAGCUGGCCGAAAGUUGCAUUACAGCAAGUCAUUAUGAUAUCAUGUUGCUGUCUCUGCUCCAACUGCACAAACUUGACCAAUUUGCUUCUAGUUGAAAUAAAACAAUCAGUGCCGGUGUGAAUUUAGUCGACUGGCGACCAGUCCAGGGCUCCAGUUCCCCGUGACCCGUGAAAAACUGCAUUAUAUCACGAUGCAUUAUCUCAUAUAAGUGUACUCUCAUUUACAUGUGAAUAAUAUUUACAUUAAUUCAUCAACUCGAAUGAAAAUGUCCACAAACUCCUCCGCCUUUUUAAUUUUUUUUAAGAAACCACCACGCCAGAGAAAGAACAACCUAUCAAAGACAGAAGGCGUGUCAAUCAUUUGCCGCGUACGUUUCGGUCACCGCCCGCCCGCCCACCACUGUGUUUGGCUCAUUAUGGUGUUUGCACACUUUAAUAUUAAUGCCAAAGUCAACCGAAACAAAACAUCAUUAUAUUUGAACAAAAAAUAUCUCUUGUGUUUUGUAUCUCAUUAGAUUCUGCAGGUGAGCAUAUGAUCAAAUGUCAUUUUGAAAAAUGUGACAGAUGAAUUAAUUCCACCUGCAAUUAAGAAGAACAAAAUGCAGCCAGAAUCAAAUGCAGGCUACCUUUUAUUGGCCCUGCUCAACACCCGCUGACGAUGACGAUGAUGAUGAUGAUGUUGAGGGAGUUGGCAGAGGCUGUAGUUUACAGAUUGGGGGGGGCCGGAUAUUGUCUGCGUCACGUGGGUUCUCCGCGGGUGUGUCGAGAGGGCGGGAGGGUAUUCGGCUACCGAGCGCACGUCGGCCUCAGCGGAAAACCCUCGUGCCUCAGCGAGACGUCAUGCUCGCUCUGCUUCCCGUCCUGCGCUUGGCGAGUCUGGUCUGGACCGAAGCGGCCCAGGCGUGGGAUCCCGACCUGCCCUUCGUGGACUACCUGGACGACGAGCGCCUGGUCUGCGUCAAGUGGGGAUUCGACGACGCGCGCGGGAACGUGACGUUCAAAUUCAUCGUCAACAGCACCGGCUGGAUCGGCUUCGGCCUGAGUCCCCACGGAGACAUGACGGGGGCCGAUCUCGUCAUGGGGGGGGUCGGGCCCGGCGGAACCUACUUCAAAGAUUAUUAUUCCACAGAAAACUCCUACCCCGCGGAGGACCGGCAGCAGAGCUACACGCUGCUGUCGCUCACCGAGAGCCAAGGUCAAACUCUCAUGACCUUUUCCAGGGCCUUCCAAACGUGUGAUGAGCAAGACCUCCCCAUCACCGCGCAACCCAUGAAACUGAUAUAUGCUUAUGGGACUACGGAUGAGAUCGGGUUCCAUGCGGGUCUCGCCGGUACCAAAGAAGUCAACCUGCUGAAUUUUGUCCCCAGAACCACUGUAACAAAUGGAAACUAUAUCAGUGCCACAAUGGAGAAUAUCACCAUCCCCGCGCAGGACACUUAUCACCACUGCAAGGUCAUGAAGCUUCCGACCUUGAUUGCCAAGCAUCACAUAGUUCAGAUGGAGCCCGCGAUUGAGCACGCUGACAUGGUGCGCCGCGUGCUGCUCUCCAGCUGCCCGCCGUACGUGACCACGGCCUACGACGGCCAAUGCUACCGGGGCCACUCGGGCGACCACUGCUUGGGGAUCGUGGGCGCGUGGGCCGUCGGAGGCCAGAUCUUUGAGCUUCCGGAAAACACUGGCAUUCCCAUCGGAGGCGGGGACGGUGCCGCAUUUUAUAGGCUGGAAAUCCACUACAGCAACCCAAACGGCGAAUCGGGCAGGACCGACAGUUCGGGUCUGAGGCUGCACUACACGGAUCAACUGCGGCCGCACGACGUCGGCGUCCUGUCCGCGGGCGUCUCGCCGUCUCGCCGCAUCGACUACGACAUCCCUCCUCGAGCUGCUAAAUUCCGCACCUACGGCGUGUGUAACACCAGUCUGUUUUCUCAGAUCAUUAACCCCGUGCCGGAUCUGCAUGUUUUUGCCGUGACGAUGUACACUCAUGCGGCCGGGAGGGAGGUCCGAGUCGGACAUUUCAGAAAUGGAGAGCAAAUAGGUUUCCUCGGCGUGAAUCCCAACUAUGACUUCAACUCGCAAGAGGUUUCCAGAUUGGGAAGCAUCGAGACCAUCGAGCCGGGAGACGAUAUUGUGGUGGAGUGCUCCUACGGUACGUCUGAUAGGACAGCGGCCACGCAGAUUCCCUCUGGGAGGCUCUGUUUCAAACCAAAAGGAAAUCGAGGAGUACGAGAGCGCGGUGAAGAACCUGUCGCAAAUUGAAAUUGUAUUCGCUAAUGACAGUCAGUUCCACAUUUACCCGCACGGCAAUGUCAGGGAUAUGACGGAGACGCCGACGUUCCGCUGCGAGCAUACAGUAAACGCAGCAAACAAGUGCACAUCCUGGAUUUGGAAUCACGCGUCAGUCCUGCUUGCGUUUGUC